AUGAGUACAAUUAGGGGCCUCCCACCUGAGGUCAAGGAACCAGGCCCUGGAGUGGAACUUGGGGUAGAAGAUGGUCUUCUUUGUCAACUGAUUCAUUCUCCAGAAUUCAACCUGUUCUCCAACUCAGUGGUGUUUGAAAGCAACUUUAUCCAGGUCACUAAGCCCAGGAACUGGGUGGACGUCUCUGAAGGAUCCACCACCGUGAUCCUCGGGGUGACCUCCUCGGUGCCCUCCUUGCCACUCCCCAAUAUCCUCCUGAUGGCCAAUGUUACCUGGCCCCGGGGUCAAUUUUCCACCUGGAGCACACCUAGUGAUGCCCCGCUCAUCACCCUCAGAAGGAUUCUGCCCCUGAAGUACGUGGAGCUACAAAUCUGUGACCAGCUCCAACGCAUCCUGAGGGUUAGGACAGUGACUGAAAAGAUCUACUAUCUGAGGCUCCACAAAAAACACCCAGAGUCCGUUUUUCAAUUCUGGAUCCGCUUGGUGAAAAUUCUGCAGAAAGGUCUGUCCAUCACCACCAAAGACCCAAGAAUCCGAUUCACUCACUGCCUGGUACCCAAAAUGCCCAGCAGCUCCACCGAAACAACACCUGAAAGCAGCCUUCCAACAUCCUCCCAACCCAGCGAAACCCUCAUGCUGUUGGCAGCCGAGCAGACCAGUGACAGUUUCUUGCAACUCUCAGGAAGGCCCCAACUCACAACAGACAGAAACACUGACACUGCCAUUGAAACAGACGAUUCUGAAAAGACACUCUCACUGGUGGCAUCUCCAGUCAGUUUGAGUAUACCCAUGAGAGCCGCCUUGAGCCACAGCCUCUGGGAACAAGAGGACCCAAAUGAGCACUUCCUGCAAGCUCCUGUAGCCAGCUCCCUAGGAGAGAACCUGCUGAGGCCCUGA